AUGAGCCCACCAAGAGCCUUAAUAUUAUUGCUGCCAAUAUUCUUCAAUGGUAUUCACGCACUUCCGCCUCAUUCAACCGUGGAAAACACAGAGGUCGAGAUGGGAAUCGGCCAUUCAACAACCCUCCAAUGUAACGCCCUCACCAACUCUUCACAACGAGUGAUUUGGUUCAAAGAUGGGGCAAUUGUAGCAAAGUUGAAUAGCACCCAAGCAGCCAUCUACCUCGAUCGGCCACCGGCCAACCGUGAGAAAUCGAUUACGUUUCCUGGAAGUCUGACAAUCCGCAACGCUACCCUGGACGAUGCCGGAAAAUACUGGUGUCAAGAGGAGUCGAGCGGAACCAAAGGGGAUGUUUAUGAGAUAAAGCUAGCCUACGUGAAGCUCCAUGAGGUCCGCGAGAUUCGGGUCAAGCCUACUGCCCCUAAGCUUGGGCAGAGGAUCGCGAUGUACUGUCCGAACGUGACGCUCGUCGGCGGGCCGGCACUUUUGUAUUGGAAUUUUGACGGCGUCCCCGUAAACUGGGAUAACCACGACGGGAACCUGCGGCCAUACGAUCGUGAUCGAAUGCUGGUCAUUGAAGAGCUAAAAAAUACCGAAGCCGGCGUCUUUGAGUGCUUCUAUAAUCACUGGACCGGUCCGGUAGCUUUCCGGAUGCGGAUACAGCCUAUGGAAGCUGAUCCGGCAUACGAUGACGGGAUGCUGAUCUACACCCUAAACUACAACAACGCGAUGUUCCGGCAUGCUCUGUUGUGCUUUAUCACGAUUUGUUUGGUGGCUAGCGCCUUCCUGCUAACCUACGUGCUGGUAGCGUGCUGCCGCCGGGAUAGCCGACUGACGUUUUGGCCGCAAAGGGUCUACUCGAGUCUGGGCCCCGGUUUCCGGAAGCCCAUCUUUCCGCAGCCCGACUACGUCGUCCGCGCCCAC